AUGAAAACAAAAGCCAAAGGCAAAUCGAAGGGUAAAGGCAAGAACAAAGUCAAGAAAGAUCAUACCAACAACAAGGACAAUACGUGGCUGAAACAUCUCAGGAUCUGCACCACAGCUUCGAACGAAACAAUCACUGAAAUGAACCCAGGCAGAGUCCCAAAAGAGUUCAUUACCCAAAUCGAAGCUGCCCUUCGAAUCGAAGACGAUACCCUUGACCAGCCACUACUUGCCAAAAAUGAAGAUACUAACGCAGAAACGACAGUGAAGCAGGUUGAACCCAAUACCAACAGCAAUGAGGAACCACCGAGAGUAGGCUCUCUCAAAAGACGGCUGAAAAUGACUUUCACUGGCAACCCCUUGAAACUGUCCGGCGGCGACUCCGAUAGGUACAACUGCCAAAUUCACUCUCAGGAUAAAGCAACUCGCUCGGAACACUCUGGUUCCGGUGCUGCUAGUUUGACGGAUAGCAACACAACAGGCACACAUGGGAGUAUUCACAGCCCGACAAAGAAGUCGCCGACUACUCCUCCUACCCCCAAGUUUCUGAAGUACGUCAGGUCGGCUAACGAUUAUAUCUUUCUGGAUCUGGACUUCUUGGAGACAGAUACGUCGAACAAGGUCAUUCAAGGCGGCUCGCUAUCUGCGAUGGAGGAUAUGAAGCAGCAAGCACCAGGAGUGAGCCCUCCAGGAAAGAAGUCUCCAGAGACAGGGGGGCAUGAUACCAAAAAGGGCCUCCAAAAACAGAUCGCACAUAUCCGUAGCCUCACUGGAACUGAAGUGAGAACGGUAUCUCCGACUGAUUCCAAGUCUCCACGCCGAGUGGAUGAUAGCCGACAAUGGAAUACCGUGAACCUGAGGUGCACUACUUGUCGCGGUAACUGCCCAAUCUGUAGCGUAGCAUGCUGCAGAUAUGCAGAAGCUCAGCAGACAAUUGCCGAUCCGGAAACUAAGCCCGAGAAAACCAACAAUGCAAGACAUAUGUUGCAGAUGAUUGAGGGGCUGGCGAACCCGGAGGCUGCGGCAGACGUGUAUGUCCAAACUGUUGUGGCAGAUGCCCAACUUGGCUACGGAAGGCACACUGGAAAAGCCUCUUAUCGCAGUGAGUAUUGCUGA